CCAUAAACGUAGCUAUCUUCAAAAUCAAACUUGCCGAUAGGUUAGAUAAAAAAAACCCUAAGCCUAAAGAACUUGCCGCUGAAAGAACUCUUAUGGCCACAUUGAACUUGCUCUGGAUCGGUCAUUCUUCUACCUCAGUCAUACAUCUCCAUCCAAUCGCUCCCAUUCCUGGAUGCAAAGAAUUCUUAAAGAAGUCAAUCGCUCAACAGUUCCUCGUCACUAGCUCGAUCGUUCCUAUCACUGGAUUGUUCCUGGCCAUAGAAGGAUUCUCAGAAUUCUAUCGGUCGACCGUUCUUGGACUGUCGCUCGGUCGUUCUUGGCCUGUCGCUCGAUCACUUCUCGCCUCUCGUUUGAUCGUUUUGCUUGCUCCAUCCAGGAAAAAUAUGGGUGGGCCAUUACAUACUUAAGUUUGACUGUCCAUGAAUUCGUGAGGCAUUUGCUGCGAUAAAUAGGACAGCACCAGAGCCUAAGGGAGAAAUUGACUCCCUUGUGUCGUUGGCUCAGCGCUUUGGUAGGAGAGCUCGUAACAUGAAGAUCGCCUCUCGAGCUAAUUAUUUUUGUCCAGCCCCCUUUGCCCUUGAAAAUACAUGGGUUUCACCUAAUGCUACACCAAGAAGUCAUAGCAAUGCCAAAACUUUUUGAGAAGGAAUAGGAUUGAAUGCAAAUAUACCCUAAUCAAGUCUGAUGAUAGAAAAUGUGAUAAUACCAACUGAAAAUUGUACCAUGGAGAUCCAUACAUUGACAUCAAUUAGGACUUAAGGCAGAAUUGAAGAUCAUGUCAAAUCCAUUGCUGCCAGGUUUUCAAAGAUGAGAAGUUGCAGGCUUGCAGCAGUGCUGUCGAGUUGCUAUUUUAUUUGUAAUUUAGUAUUCAUCACUUUUUCAUAUAUGUAUAUAAAUGAUACAUGUGCAUGUAUUUGUACAAUAUGUAUUGAGAUUUUAUUUAUGAGAAUGAUUAUUAGUAUUGUGUCAACUUACAAUAAAUGUGAUAUUUAAAAGAUAUUUGUUUGAUUGUAAUAAUUUACUGGAAGAUUUAGU